AUGAGAGAUGAUAGCACAUCCACAUCUACAUCUACAUCUACAAGGAAAAAACGUCAGCCAUCACAAUCCCUCCACAGCGGCACCACAUAUCACACACCAUCCAACCUCCCUCUCGGAUUCUCAUCGCAAAGCCUCCAGGAACGUUCAAUCCGACCUUCUAUGGCCAGGUAUCUACGCCCCGUUACUAGAAAUGAGGAGGAUGAGGAUGAGGAGGUCGAUCUAGGCGAUACCUCAGAAGGUCUUGGGUCGGCACUACGACGUAUGAGGCGGGAGAGGAGGGGUAUGGAGAGGGUUAGAUAUGAGGAUGAGGAUGAGAAGGAGGAUUUCCAGGAGGAAGAGGUAUGUACAUCUCCUCCUUACUCAACAUCCUUCCUUUCACCUACUUGUAAAGAAGUGAAGAAGGUAUCAGGAUAAAUGCUAACACACACCACAUCAAGGUCCCAACCCAACCACAAACACCACGUCUUACGCACCUCCAUCUAGUCCUCCCAACCGAUUCCAAUUUCUCACCCAUAACCACCAUCUCAACUCUAAACAUCUCAGUCUCAAGACCAAAAUACUCCUCCGCCUUUGAAGGUCGGCGUCUCGCCUCCUCUGCUAGAGCCAACAAACGUGAACCACUAAAGGUCGUCACACCACCUUCUCGCAAUAAUGCACAGUUAGCCAAGGAAUUGGUGAAGAGCCAACGGGAGUUUAAGAGUUAUCUACAAUCCCUGAGGAAGCGUGUUGAGGUCUUGGAACGUUGUGAGAGAGGUGAUAGAGGUGGAGAGGUAAAGACUAUGGAGAUGGAGAUAAAGAAUGUAAGCCCCUUCCUGCCGUUCCUUCACUCCCUGAUACACCCCUAUCCCCAUACCCCUUCCCAAUCAACAAACCUCACAAAAACCCAGACUAACACCCCCACCCCCUAG